GUAUUGGUGACUGGAUGACUUGUCUUCCUCUACAGCGCUGUCUUUCUACUCUUGGAGAGGAUAGUAGGUCUCAGCAAUCUACCUGUCUCCUCUGCCUCUUUGUUUGGAGGUAGAGGAAGGAAGGGGAGAAAGUACUAAACAGAGGUGUAUUAGGUUUUAGGCCACCACUUCCAUAGGAAGUGAAACUUUAGUGUUUAGUGUUUGUUGUUGAUAUUUUUCCUUGAACUCAUCUGUUCAUACACCUUACUUUCUCACUCUACCUGCGUUUUGUCCACGGGCUCGGACACGGCAUGGACUGGCUGGCCGCUGGUUACCGGAGGUCCCGUCUCAGACACGUUGCCUUGGACACUGGACUGACAAUGAAACGACGGCGCAAGUACUGGUUUUGGAGGCGGAAAGGUAAAAACGCAAAGAUGUGUCUGCUCUGCUGUUAUGAGAAGAAAGACAAAGCUGACUGCUUCCAGGCCAAGAAGGCUGAUGAGGAGGCCUGCGUGGCGGUGAAAAUCGAACAGUCCACAGCCCUAGGCAGUAGCCCGGCGUAUAACCACAGCAACCCACCCAGCGUGCAGGCGUGUCUGAGUCGGGCGUGCAGCGGGACGACUGACAAGAGCAGGAGAGGGGUCAAUGGAAAAAGCUCUGGCUUCAGGCCUGGGCUGCCAUCUAAACCACAAGUGCCUCCAAAGCCACCACAUCUCCAGAGCCCGGUAGCGGAGCUCUCGUCCCCGCUGGGCCGCAUCCAGAAACCUCCACUCAGACCGGGCAUGGAGGAGGGAGGAGGGGUGGGAAGAGAAGGAGGGGUGGGAAGAGAAGGAGGAGGAGGAGGAGGAGGAGGAGGAGGAGGAGGAGGAGGAGGAGGAGGAAGAGGAAGAGGGGUCGUGAACCGGGAGAAACCAUCCAAAGUCUUAGACCUCAUCAACCGCUUUGAGGAGAACAGCAGCACAGAGCACAAGAGAGACGGCUCACCGCUCAAACAGAUCAGCAAGCCGUCCAGCCCAGCUCACCGCGCCUACCAGAAGCAGACGGAGGCCGACAGGACUCAGGAGAACCACUCGUCCGUACCGACCUCGCCGCAGGAUGCCCACAAACCGGCGGCUAACGGUGUGCUAGCUCAAAUGGAGCAGGACAAGGACAAGGAGGAUAACCCGGAGAGGAACAAUGAAAGUGUGAGGGUAGAGACCGACGGGCUGCUAAACGGAGAUAUGGGGUGCGAGAGCACAGAACAGAGUGAUGAUCAUUCAUCACCUCCACAGACAGACAGGACUGGUACAGAAAGCCACACUGAGAAUGAGGACAGUGGGACUAAAGUAGAAAGUGAGCACAGCAACGAAGAAGGAAGCACAGACCAUAAGGAGACAAAUGAACAGAAGCUGUUUAAGAUCGCCAGCGAGCUCUUGCAAACAGAGAAGGCCUACGUAGCGAGACUUAACCUGCUCGACCAGGUGUUCUGCGCGAAGCUAAUGGAGGAGGCAAAUAAAGGAACGUUCCCUGUGGACGUAGUGAAGAACAUCUUCUCCAACAUCGUCUCCAUCCACACCUUUCACAGCCAGUUCCUGCUUCCAGAUCUGGAGAAACGCAUGGGAGAAUGGGAGUCCACACCUCGCAUCGGAGACAUCCUGCAGAAACUCACACCCUUCCUCAAGAUGUACGCAGAGUACGUGAAGAAUUUCGAGAAGGCCAUGGAGCUGCUCAAACUGUGGACUGAUCGCUCGCCUCAAUUCAAGGCCAUCAUUCAGGACAUACAGAGUCAAGAGGCCUGUGGAUGCCUGACGCUACAGCAUCACAUGUUGGAGCCCGUGCAGCGAGUCCCUCGCUACGAGAUGCUGCUUAAAGACUAUCUGAAGAAGCUGCCUGAGGGCGACCUCGACCGACGAGAUUCAGAGAAAUCGUUAGAAAUUAUCGCCACAGCAGCUACUCACUCCAACAGCGCUAUAAGAAAAUCUGAGAAUCUGAAGAAACUGAUGGAGAUAUACGAAAUGCUGGGUGAGGAGGAGGACAUCGUUAACCCCUCCAACGAGUUCAUCAAAGAGGGCCACAUCUUGAAGCUGGCGGCCAGGAACACCUCGGCCAUGGAGCGAUACCUCUUCCUGUUCAACAACAUGCUGUUGUACUGCGUGCCCAAGUUCAGUCUGGGAGGGACGAAGUACACAGUGAGGACGCGGAUCGGCAUCGACGGCAUGAAGGUCCUAGAAACGACCAACGCGGACUAUCCUCAUACCUUCCAGGUCUCAGGGAAGGAGAGGAUGCUAGAGCUACAAGCCAGCUCAGAGCAGGACAAGGCAGGCUGGAUUAAGGCUUUCCAGGAGACCAUUGAGAUCUUCCAGCAGAAAAACGAGUCAUUCAAGAAUGCACUGAAAGAUGUGGAGGAAGUGUCGAAUGCAGAGCUGGGGAAGCGCGCCCCUUGCUGGAUCCGCGACAAUCAAGUGACGCUGUGUAUGAAGUGUAAAGAGCCUUUCAAUGCUCUGACACGGCGGAGACACCACUGCAGAGCCUGCGGCUAUGUGGUGUGCUGGAAAUGUUCAGACAAUAAGGUGGCGCUCGAAUAUGAUGGCAACAAGAUGAACAAAGUCUGCAGAGACUGCUUCUCCAUCCUGACUGGAGAAAGCAUAGUCGAGGGCAAGAAGAAGGGCAUCCUAGAGAUCGAGGCGGCUCAGUUCACAGGCAGCAGCAUCAUGUGUGGCUUCCUGCAGUACUGUGAGAAGAACAAACCUUGGCAGAAGGUGUGGUGCGUCAUCCCGGAGAAGGAGUGUCUGGUGCUCUAUCUCUACGGAGCUCCGCAGGACGUAAAGGCCCAGUGUACUAUCCCCCUCCUGGGCUACUCUGUGGAUGACAGCGCCCGGCCCACGGACCCCCCGGUCAGCUUCCGCCUCUCUCAGUCCAAGUCCAUUCACAAUUUUGCCGCUGAAACCGAGGAGCUUAAGCAGCGCUGGCUGAAAGUGAUUCGAGUGGCAGUGAGGGGAGAGAUGCCAGACUGCUCAGAGACCAACGGCGGCAAUGCCAACACGAUGGACAACAACAACACACAAGAAGCGGGUACUGAUAGCUCAUAAGGGUUUGUUUAUGACAAGCAAACUGCUGUUGGGUUGCUCAAGAAAGACAGGAUGUGCAGAUGUGUUCUGCACAUACAAAAAUACAAAUGCACACUCUCCAUGCUGUCCUUAAAUCUUAAAGACGAGUGGAAGAAUCAGUGCUGGAUAAGCUGCCCUACCUUGCCACUCUCCAGUUUUCCGAUAUUCUCAUGAACCCACACAAGAACUUUUGAUUCACUGCUAGAGCUGUGCUGGAUUACUAAAGGACAUGUCUGGUGCAAUCAACACUAGAGCAAAGGGGCCUCAGGAUUGAUCGACUUCCCUCAAACAGGCACUAUGAAGGACAGCUCAAACUCAAUCUUCAUACACUUUUAAUCUGUGUCAGCUCCUCUUGAGCCAGUGCCCUGUACACAAUGUGAAUCAAAGCAAAAGGACAGUCCAAAAUAAGUCUGCUGCUGCUUGAACUCAACUGUGUACAUGUACAGUAUAAAUGGUUGUUUUUUUUUUUCUUUUCAAAAAGGAACAGUUAUGUUUUUAUGUACAGAAAUCAAUCCCAAACUUUGUUUUGAUAACAUAGAAAACAUCUAAGUAUGAUGGUAUAAAGUAUUUACAGUAUUUUGCCCUUUCUUUGCUUCAGAAGAUGGAUCCAAAACUGGCAAAAUGACCAUGUGGUUGAAUGAUGUUCUCGUCUCCCUCUCUCAUCCCUCAGUGAAAGUUCCCCAACUGUCUAAUGCUAAUCAAACUUUGAAUGCACGUUGGCUGAUCUGCCUGCUUUGCAAUUGGUCGCACCUGUCGUGUAGUGUUUGCUAUGAAGCAAAGGAACUCAUCUGUUAAUUAAACCAGGUUUAUGAAUACAGUCAACAAACUAUAGCAGAAAUUGUUGUCCUUGAGGUUUGAUAUCGUAAUGGCAAUAGUUAUUGUGAUAUCGUACAUUUCCCAGAAAAACAGUUGAGGAACCAUUUAUAGAUGCAGCCAACUGUGAAUAUCUGUUUCUGGCUCAUCCAGUUAAAGAAAUGCCUGAGAAAACAAGGUGCUUUAUCACAUUGAUGCAAUAAUCCUGUAAAUUCAUUAGUACAAUAAGUCAGUCCUGUUCAUUUAUGUGCAACAUUCCCAACGAUGGCAACCAGAGUUGCUGUACAUAAGGUACACUCCAGCAAUUUAUCAAUGCCCGUCCAUUAACAUUGGAGAAAUGCGAGACAGAGCUGCAGCGGAGGCAGAGAUAUCCCCGAGUAUAGUAAGCAAGCUUAUAAAACACGGGAUCCUACAAUUCCCGUAAUGUAACUCAACAGUGACUUACAUUAGGCCUUCCCUGCUGAAAUACUCAAGUUUUCGCUCAGAUAUUUAAAGUUUCAAGCCUAACUCAAGAUAACCCUGAUGAUGUCAUAGUGAUGUCAUUUUCUCAGACUUUAGAAAGCUCCCUGCAAAGCCCUCAAAGACAUUAUACAACGGUUUCCACAGCCUGAGUAGUACUCUCCAUGACAAGUUUGUUGUAUUCAUUAUUUAGUUUCCUCGGUAGAAAAAAAUAUAAGGUCACAAAUCUCUAUGGUCUCACAAUAUGUAUCGUCAUACGUCGGCCAACACUAUGGCCCUGACGGUGCUGUUUGUAUUAAAAUGGCACACUGCAAUCAUGUGUAUUCUAAUAUGGCAUAACUGAUGGAUCAUAGUCGUUCAUGUGCAAAACUGAGGAUGAAUGGUAAAUGUUUGUCUAACAGGGCAGUCAUGGACCUUAAUUCAUGUGGAGAGAGAUGACCGAGGACCGUCAGGUUUUCUUUUUAGAUGCAAACGCAGAACAAUCACAGAUAUAGCAAGCUGGUGCGAGAAAUGUAAAUGUGUUUUUAAUGCUGUAAUUAAUUUUAUUUAAAGUAAUUUAUAGAGUAUGACAAGCAUGAUCUGUUAAAAGUAGCACAAAUUUGUUCCCUGACUGUCCACUAAGACACGCAGCAGGUAGAUAUUAUUUCUGAGAGCAAAUGUUUUUCCACUAACUCAUCAAACGUGUCACCUUGUGCUUCAGUGACAGACAGCGACCAGUCAUAGCACGUUUCGGUUUGCAGAGUUCCCCCUGUGCUCCAUGCUGGUGCUCACCUGAGUCUCACCCCUCUAAACUCAUUCCCAUCCUCAGUAUUCAGAUAAAAAACAAGAGCACAAAACUUGCCCAUCUGUAAGAUCUGAAUGUAUAUCCAGAUUUGUAUGUCCCGUCAUCCCCUCCCCAAAGAUUUGAGAAUCUACGCACUUUAGAGUGUACCUUCAAAUAAAAUAAAAUGAGAUGAAAUAUGA